AUGGCAGGGACGAAUGGAGGAGUAGCCAAAUGUGGCUUCAUAUUCCUGGAUACAUUGGCAAUAGCACUAGUGGUUCUGCCAGCAUUGCUUUUCCGUCUGCCUGGCUUUGAUCUACCGGUGUUUCAAAGGGGCUUCUUCUGUAGUGAUGAGACAAUAUCAUACCCGUACAAAGACUCUACAGUCCCAUCAACUGUUCUUUAUGCAGUGGGAAUUGGUCUCUAUCUUGUUGUUAUGAUCACCACAGAAAUUGUCAUCUUCGCCUACCGCAAGCGCCAGGACCUAGACUACCUGUCCCCUGACACCUACAACCGGUGCUGCGGCGGCGUGGUCAUCCCUCCUCUACUCUACCAGAUCAUCCGCUACACAGCUGUCUUCUUUUUUGGUCUCCUUGUAACCAUGACGACCUUUGACAUUACAAAGAACGUGGUCGGGCGUCUUCGUCCUCACUUCCUAGACAUCUGCCAGCCGGACUUCAACAACCUUACCUGUUCUGAAGGACCUCGCCAAAUCUACAUCAUGGAUGAUGUCUGCAUGCCAGAGGACCCAAAGAGGAUGCUUGAAGCCAGACGAUCCUUCCCAUCAGGUCAUGCAGCUGUUGCAGUGUAUACCAUGCUCUUUGUAGUGGGGGCUCUUACCCUUAAUAACUUGAAUCAGUAUUGGCACAGUAAAUGAUUCCUGUUCCUGUCUGGUAAACAAGAUGGGUGACUCAUGACCAGAAGCCUUGAGAAAGUCACCCCCCUCUCCCCUCCUCAUUAUUGCAAAGACGUCUACAUACUGGCCUGUAUUCUGAACUCGGGUUUAAAUU